UUUGAUUAUUAUAUAAGGAAAGUUAAAUGAAUACAAAGCAUACUAUGAUUGGUGAAAUAUAAAGUAGAAUACAAAAAAAGGUAGACAAGAUUUGUAUUCAUAGAUUAAUAUUAAUAGAGUAUAAAGUGGAAUACUUAGAGUAGGAUAGAAGAUAUUGUUAUAUGUUAUUAUUAUUAUUAUUAUUUAUUUCUUUACAUCCGAUAGACAAUGGUAUUUUAAUGUAAUGCAGACUUCAGUUAAAAAACAAAAUAUGUACUCACAAAAACAUAUACUUUGUGUAGGUGAAAUGGAUAUCACCUCACUUGUGUUAGAAAUUUCUUCGUCAGUGGAUCUUUCAAGAUUUAAGAAUUUCAUGACAGUGAGUAAGGGUAAGAGUAAGCAUAACACUAAUGAUGCAUACAGAUCCGGAAAUGAAAUCUUGUGGGAUUUCAUCAAGAAGUUUGACAAGCUGUGUGUUAAGGCAGAUGCAAUGACGGGAAAGGAAAAACAACUCAAGUUGGAAAUGAAUAGUUCAAGUGAUAUAAAACUGUUAACAGAUUCAAAGGCUUCAGAUUCAAAGAAAAUUGUGGAGCCAGUGAGUUGUUCAGGAGGAAAGGUUUGCAAUAAUAGUUCUUGCAAGGGGAAGGGAAUCUUGCAGGCUGGUGUUGUUGAACACCUUAAUGGCCGACUGAAAAUCCUUGAAGAAGAAACUAAGACUAUGAAACAAGAUAUCUUGAAGGCUCUGGAAGAAAGGAGAGAGCUGGUGAAUGAUAUAUAUGAGCAGUUUCAGAUUAUACAUAGUCACCUUCGCAUACGAAAUCAAGUGAUGGAAGAGUCUAGUUAUGAUGAUACUUUGAUUGCAAAUUCUCCAAAGGAUGGAAGGAUAAUUGGGGCUGGUAUAACAGAAAUUUUUCUCCAAGAACCAAGUAUGUCUCUUGUCACCAGAGAUCUUAGAGCUGGCACGUUAGAAUUCCAAGAAUCUGCUUAAGUAGUGCAUGGACUCUCAAUGAGAUGAUUUUUUUUUUAUCUGAAAUUUUAUGAAAGUUGUGCAACCACCUGUUUUAGUUUGUGUUUUUUUGGUGUGUUAAAAAAAAA